AUGACCCCAAGACAGACACCCCUGAGCAUAGCCGCGAACGGUGGACAUGAUGCUAUAGUAAAGCUGCUCCUAGAUCACGGAGCUCAAUUAAACGACGUCGUCAAAGAAGAAAAACGCUGGGCAGGACGAAUGUAUCCCGCGGUCAGAGCUCUUCUUGCGGGUCAUGAGAGUACCCUCAGGCUACUUCUUGAAUCAGGGGCUCAGACAGAAGGAUCUAACCUGUUAUUCGGAGGGUUGAUUAACUGUGCAGUGGCUUCCGGCCAAAUGCCGAUGUUGAAACUUCUCAUGCAAUUCGGUGUCGAUGUAAAUGCUCAAGUCCACGGAGUCUCUCCGUUGCUUUGGGCAGUGCGCAGAAAGCCAAACUAUGCAUCUUUGGUGGAGGUCCUUCUUGAUCAUGGAGCGGACAUUGCCUUGGCUGAUGAUGACAGGGGGGGAUUGAUACGUGAAGCACUUGAAAAAGGAACCCUCGAAACAGUCGAUUUGCUUCUUAGACGUGGAGCAAAUCUUCAUGCGAGCAUGUUGAAAUUGGCUGCAAGUCGAUGCACUCUCGAGACGGUCCGCCUGCUUCUAGACCAUGGAGCUCGGGUUAGUCUCGCAUCUGUAAUGCGCGCUGUAAUUUCUAAGAAGUGCGACAUACUGGAGCUGCUUCUUGGACGUGGAUUUGAUCUCAAUGAAAGGACCCCUGAGGGGUAUACUGUUUUGCAUCACGCCAUUCACUGCUGCGAAAUCCGUCCCCCUAUACGUGCCAGUCUACGUCCCCCUAUACGCCGACAACAUCCGGCCAUUGGGGGUUGCGACGGCAGUGAUAUAUCGACACUGACUCCUGUGUUUCCACAGAGGUCUAGUUCACUGCAUGUUGCAGCAUAUUGCCGGAAAGAAGAUGAUUCAGGCACCUCAGAAGAGAUAGUGAGAUGUCUUAUACGUUGGGGCGCGGAUGUGAAUGCUAUGGAUGGAGAGAGACAAACACCACUUUACUAUGCUUGGAAAUAUGCUUCUCCUGCUGUGCAGCAUAUGCUGUUGGAAAACGGGGCUGAUUGGACCGCUAUGCUGACGAAAUACUGA